AUGCGCUUGCACGAGGAUAAUCAAGGACGGAAGCUAAGCACCAGCGAGUGGUACGACAAUAUGAGUGACGAUGAUCGGGACAUUGACAUAGAGAGCGAUGAUGGCGAUGAUUCGGAUAACACAAAAUCUCAAUCCCGUUCCGGCGCUGGGAGUCAAUUUUACUCGCAGGCCGAAAAACGUGCUCAUCACAAUGCCCUUGAACGAAAACGGCGUGAUCACAUCAAGGACAGCUUCACCGCGCUGCGAGACUCCGUACCAUCGCUCCAGGGCGAAAAGGCAAGCCGCGCGCAGAUACUGAAAAAAGCGGCCGAGUACAUCCAGUUCAUGCGAAGAAAGAACAACUCACACCAGCACGAUAUCGACGAUCUCCGAAGGCAAAACAAUAAGCUUGAAACGGAAAUUCGUGACUUGGAACAGGCCCGGGCAUCCGGUAAAUAUGGUGACGGAGCUGAUUUGGGUGGCGGAUUCCAGGACGGAUCACGCGGUUCUGACAGCUCCGAUAUAGACGAGGUACCCAAAAAUAACAACGGGUUGGGUGCACGGAGAAACAAAAAGAUGAAAACGAAUGCCAACUAUUAG